AUUUGUGUUCACACUUUACAAUUCAAAAACUGCUUAGCAAACUUCAACCUUGCUUUGUUCUGUGCUCUACUGAUUAUCAACCAUCAUAGACAGUCUGUCACACCCUAAGUUUUCCUCCCUCCACCGAAAGCCACAUUAUUUUGUAGCGAAGGAAUAGAAUAAAGUUGCCAAAUUCAAAAGAAUCAAUCUCCCUACAAAGCUAGCUUCAACUUUCCCCAUCUUCUCCAAAGACAAAGGCAAACAGUUUCCUUCCCAACAAAGAAAGCUACAAUAGCUAUGGGUUGCUUCAGUUCUUCCAGUUCCAAAUCCAAAUUUAAAUCCACCACCAACACAUCUCAGUAUGAUCAAACUGCUGCUCAGCCUCUGCAAUACCAAGAACCUCCCAACAAAAACGUCCAGCAACAAAUCCUCCUACAAAUCCCAGGAUGCAGAGUUCACCUCAUGGAAGAAGGAGAAGCCCUAGAGCUCGCCGUCGGCGAGUUCAUUCUCGAGAACAUCUUCGACGAGAAUAUAUCUCUAGCCACCGUUAUCAAAGUCGGUGAAGAACUCCAGUGGCCCUUAACGAAAGACGAGCCGGUUGUGAAGAUAGAUGAUUUGCACUACCUCUUCUCCUUGCCGAUGAGAGAUGGUGAUCCUCUGAGCUACGGUGUGACCUUUCCGGAGCAGUAUGCAAGUCACUUGGGAUUUCUGGACUCCUUUUUGAAGGAGCACUCGUGCUUUACGAUCACUUCGAAUAGUAGCGCUACGAAGAAUGUUAAGGGAGUUGAUUGGAAGGAGUAUGCUCCGAGGAUUGAUGACUAUAACAAUGUGUUGGCCAAGGCAAUUGCAGGAGGGACUGGUCAGAUUGUCAGGGGAAUCUUCAUGUGUAGCAAUGCUUAUGCUAAUCAGCUCCAUAAAGGAGGGGAAACGACAUUGGCUCGUCCAGUUGAGGAGAAAAGAUAUGGGAAACAAGAAAGUCAUAGCAAAAAUUCUAAUGCCACAAACAAGAGUGGAAUGAACAGGAACUUGAAACGUGUGAGAAGGUUGUCAAAGAUGACAUCAAAUUUGAGCAAAUCUAUGCUUGAUGGGGUUGGUCUUGUGACCGGAUCAGUGAUGAAACCUGUGGUUAAAUCCCAAGCAGGGAAGGCAUUCCUAAACAUGGUUCCAGGACAAGUCCUCUUGGCUUCACUUGAUGCUAUCAACAAGAUUUUAGAUGCUGCUGAAGUUGCCGAAAAACAAGCCCUUUCGGCUACCUCUGCUGCAACAACUAGAAUGGUCAGCAACAGGUAUGGGGAAAGUGCAGGGGAAGCAACUGAGCACACAUUUGCAACGGCAGGGCAUUGUGCUAACACUGCUUGGAACAUCUUCAAAAUACGAAAGGCCAUCAAUCCAGCAUCAUCUGUCAAAACAGGAGUACUCAAUGCUGCAAAAAAUAAAAACAAAAGUUCUUAAAAAGCCAACAGCGAUUAGUAUCAUUUGAUGGAGAUUGCUAACAAUGCCUGAAUAUUCAUGAUCUUUAGUCUUCUCAAACGCCAUGUAGAAGCGAAGAUAAAUCUUCAUGAAAUGUAAACUCUAGCCACUUGUAUUGGGUGUCACGUUGUGUGGAUUUCAAGUUCAAACGUUCUUCUUUAUCUCUUCCUACUUUGGCAGGAUGUUAUAUAUGAAUCAGAUUAGCCAA